UGUGGCAGCUGAAGUUCGGAAGCAGAUCUCUGGGCAAUAUACUGGUUCUCCCCAACUGCUCAAAAACCUCAACAUAGUUGGCAAUAUAUCUCAUCACACCACAGUGCCCCUCACGGAAGCAGUAGACCCAGUAGAUUUCGAAGAUUACCUCGUCACUCAUCCUUUAGCCGUGGAUUCCGGGCCAUUAAGGGAUUUGAUCGAGUUUCCUCCAGAUGAUAUCGAAGUUGUUUAUCGGCCUCGGGACUGUAGAACCCUUGUUUCAGCUGUACCUGAAGAAAGUGAAAUGGAUCCUCAUGUUAGAGACUGUAUAAGAAGUUACACAGAAGACUGGGCAGUUGUGAUCAGAAAAUAUCAUAAACUGGGGACAGGAUUUAAUCCCAAUACGUUAGAUAAACAGAAAGAAAGGCAAAAAGGUUUGCCAAAACAGGUCUUUGAAUCUGAUGAAGCUCCAGAUGGCGCCAGCUACCAGGACGAUCAAGAUGAUCUUAAGAGACGUUCAAUGUCCAUAGAUGACACUCCCCGGGGGAGCUGGGCCUGCAGCAUCUUCGACUUGAAGAAUUCACUUCCCGAUGCCUUGCUGCCCAACCUACUGGACCGGACUCCCAAUGAGGAAAUAGACCGGCAGAAUGAUGACCAGAGGAAGUCAAACCGCCACAAGGAGCUCUUUGCUUUGCACCCAUCACCAGAUGAGGAGGAAUCCAUAGAGCGGCUUAGCGUUCCUGACGCACCCAAAGAACAUUUUGGUCAAAGACUUCUCGUAAAAUGUUUAUCACUCAAGUUUGAAAUUGAAAUCGAACCCAUUUUUGCAAGUUUGGCUUUAUAUGAUGUCAAGGAGAAGAAAAAGAUUUCAGAAAACUUUUAUUUUGACCUUAAUUCUGAGCAGAUGAAAGGAUUGUUACGUCCCCAUGUGCCCCCUGCUGCCAUAACCACCCUGGCAAGAUCAGCUAUUUUUUCUAUCACUUACCCCUCCCAAGAUGUUUUUCUUGUAAUAAAGCUAGAGAAGGUCCUACAGCAAGGGGAUAUCGGAGAGUGCGCAGAGCCGUAUAUGAUUUUCAAAGAAGCAGAUGCCAGCAAGAAUAAGGAAAAAUUGGAGAAGCUGAAAAGUCAAGCUGACCAGUUUUGCCAGAGACUUGGGAAGUAUCGCAUGCCUUUUGCUUGGACCGCAAUCCACUUAAUGAAUAUUGUUAGCAGCGCUGGAAGUUUGGAAAGAGAUUCGACAGAAGUAGAAAUCAGUACUGGAGGUAAGAGUGUUUUAUAUAAAAUGUUUCUAAAUUUUUCUUUUUUCUCAGAUAGGCUUGUUUUAUUUCUGAAGAUAGAUAUUUCUCCUGCACCUGAAAAUCCCCACUAUUGCCUAACCCCAGAGCUACUUCAAGUGAAGCUUUACCCUGACAGUAGAGUUAGACCUACCAGAGAAAUUUUAGAGUUUCCUGCCAGAGAUGUUUAUGUUCCAAACACUACGUACAGAAAUCUUCUCUACAUUUACCCUCAGAGUCUUAAUUUUGCCAAUCGCCAGGGUUCUGCCCGAAACAUAACAGUGAAGGUCCAGUUUAUGUAUGGAGAGGAUCCCAGCAAUGCCAUGCCGGUAAUCUUUGGUAAAUCUAGCUGUUCAGAAUUUUCAAAGGAAGCGUACACAGCCGUAGUAUAUCACAACAGGUCUCCUGAUUUUCACGAAGAGAUCAAGGUUAAACUCCCUGCUACUCUAACUGACCACCAUCACUUGCUUUUUACUUUUUAUCAUGUUAGUUGUCAACAAAAACAAAAUACUCCUCUGGAAACCCCAGUUGGAUAUACAUGGAUACCGAUGCUUCAGAAUGGACGAUUGAAGACGGGCCAGUUUUGCCUCCCGGUGUCCCUGGAGAAACCCCCCCAGGCUUACUCUGUGCUAUCUCCUGAGGUUCCUCUACCGGGCAUGAAAUGGGUCGAUAAUCACAAAGGUGUUUUUAACGUGGAAGUCGUUGCCGUUUCGUCUAUCCAUACACAAGAUCCUUACCUUGACAAGUUCUUUGCUCUGGUCAACGCUCUGGAUGAACACAUGUUCCCCGUCCGAAUUGGAGACAUGCGAAUCAUGGAAAAUAACUUGGAAAAUGAACUGAAGAGCAGCAUUUCAGCCCUGAGCUCGUCUCAGUUAGAGCCGGUGGUCAGAUUUCUUCAUCUUCUGCUGGAUAAACUGAUCCUGUUAGUUGUCAGACCUCCUGUCAUUGCUGGCCAAAUAGUUAAUCUAGGUCAAGCGUCUUUUGAAGCCAUGGCAUCGAUUAUAAACCGACUUCACAAAAACCUGGAAGGAAGUCACGAUCAGCAUGGCAGAAACAGCCUUCUCUCAUCCUACAUCCAUUACGUUUUUCGCCUGCCAAAUACUUACCCUAAUUCGCCAUCACCAGGUCCUGGGGGUUUGGGAGGAUCAGUGCAUUACGCCACGAUGGCUAGAUCUGCUGUGAGACCUGCAAGCCUUAAUUUAAACCGUUCCCGGAGCCUUAGUAAUAGUAACCCAGACAUAUCUGGGACCCCCACCUCACCUGAUGAUGAAGUUCGCUCAAUCAUUGGCAGUAAGGGUUUAGAUCGCUCCAAUUCCUGGGUUAACACUGGUGGUCCCAAAGCUGCCCCAUGGGGAUCCGACCCCAGCCCAAGUGCAGAACCAACACAGGCUGUGGAUCGGAGUUGUAAUCGCAUGUCUUCGCACACAGAGACGUCAAGUUUCUUGCAAACAUUAACGGGACGCUUACCAACUAAAAAGCUUUUCCACGAGGAGCUGGCUUUGCAGUGGGUCGUCUGCAGCGGCAGCGUUCGGGAGUCAGCGUUGCAACAAGCCUGGUUCUUUUUUGAGUUGAUGGUAAAGAGCAUGGUCCACCAUUUGUAUUUUAAUGAUAAGCUUGAUGCCCCGAGGAAAAGUCGUUUUCCAGAACGUUUCAUGGAUGACAUUAACGCUCUUGUCAGCACAAUUGCUAGUGAUAUAGUUUCACGAUUUCAGAAGGUGUCUUCAAAGCUUUAUUCCUUACCAAAUCCAAGUGUCCUGGUGUCCUUGCGGCUGGAUUUUCUACGAAUCAUCUGCAGCCACGAGCACUACGUCACGCUGAACCUGCCCUGCAGCUCACUCACGCCACCCGCAUCUCCGUCACCUUCAGUUUCCUCUGCAGCUUCUCAGAGUUCUGGAUUUUCCACCAACGUACAAGACCAAAAGAUUGCAAAUAUGUUUGAACUGUCUGUGCCUUUCCGCCAGCAGCAUUAUUUGGCUGGACUUGUGUUAACAGAGUUGGCCAUCAUUUUAGACCCUGAUGCUGAAGGACUGUUUGGAUUGCAUAAGAAAGUCAUCAAUAUGGUACACAAUUUACUGUCCAGUCAUGACUCAGACCCGCGGUACUCUGACCCGCAGACGAAGGCCCGGGUGGCCAUGCUGUAUCUGCCUCUGAUCGGGGUCAUCAUGGAGACGGUGCCUCAGCUACAUGACUUCACAGAAACUCACAAUCAGCGCGGGAGGCCGAUGUGUAUAGCCACGGAUGACUAUGAAAGUGACAGUGGGACUAUGAUAAGCCAGACUGUCGCCAUGGCAAUUGCAGGAACAUCAGUCCCUCAACUCACAAGGCCUGGCAGUUUCCUGCUCACAUCAACGAGUGGCAGGCAGCACUCUGCCUUUUCUGCAGAAUCAAGUCGGAGCCUUCUGAUCUGUUUGCUCUGGGUUCUCAAAAACGCAGAUGAAACAGUUCUACAAAAGUGGUUUAUGGAUCUCUCCGUCCUGCAGCUAAACCGCCUGUUAGACCUGCUUUACCUCUGUGUGUCUUGCUUCGAGUACAAGGGGAAAAAAGUGUUUGAAAGAAUGAAUAGUUUGACCUUUAAGAAAUCUAAAGACAUGAGAGCAAAGCUGGAAGAAGCUAUUCUGGGGAGCAUCGGGGCCCGGCAGGAGAUGGUCCGCAGAAGCCGAGGACAGCUCGAGAGGAGCCCGUCUGGAAGUGCCUUUGGAAGUCAAGAAAAUCUGAGAUGGAGAAAAGAUAUGACUCACUGGCGUCAGAACACAGAGAAGUUUGACAAGUCAAGAGCAGAGAUUGAACAUGAAGCGUUGAUUGACGGAAACCUGGCUACUGAAGCAAACCUGAUCAUUUUGGAUACAUUAGAGAUCGUUGUUCAGACAGUUUCCGUAACAGAAUCCAAAGAGAGUAUCCUCGGCGGGGUGCUGAAAGUGCUGCUGCACAGCAUGGCCUGCAACCAGAGUGCCGUCUACCUGCAGCACUGCUUUGCCACCCAGAGAGCCCUGGUCUCCAAGUUCCCUGAGCUCCUAUUUGAGGAGGAGACGGAGCAGUGUGCGGACCUGUGCCUGCGGCUGCUCCGACACUGCAGCAGCAGCAUCGGCACCAUCCGCUCCCAUGCCAGCGCCUCCCUGUACCUGCUGAUGAGACAGAACUUCGAGAUCGGGAAUAACUUCGCCAGAGUUAAAAUGCAGGUAACAAUGUCACUGUCAUCCUUGGUGGGCACAUCUCAAAAUUUUAACGAGGAAUUCUUGAGGCGUUCUCUGAAGACGAUAUUGACGUACGCUGAGGAAGAUCUGGAACUGAGGGAAACGACAUUUCCUGAUCAGGUCCAAGAUCUGGUUUUCAAUCUCCAUAUGAUCCUUUCUGAUACUGUGAAGAUGAAGGAGCACCAGGAGGACCCUGAGAUGCUGAUUGAUCUAAUGUACAGAAUUGCUAAGGGUUACCAGACCUCUCCAGAUCUGCGAUUGACCUGGUUGCAGAACAUGGCCGGCAAACACUCGGAAAGGAGCAACCACGCCGAGGCCGCCCAGUGCCUGGUCCACUCCGCAGCGCUUGUGGCUGAGUACUUGAGCAUGCUGGAGGACCGGAAGUACCUGCCUGUGGGGUGCGUGACGUUCCAGAAUAUUUCAUCUAAUGUUCUAGAAGAAUCAGCGGUCUCAGACGACGUGGUAUCUCCAGAUGAAGAAGGCAUCUGCUCUGGAAAGUACUUCACGGAGUCGGGACUCGUGGGGUUACUGGAGCAAGCGGCUGCUUCCUUCUCCAUGGCUGGCAUGUACGAAGCAGUAAAUGAGGUUUACAAAGUCCUCAUUCCUAUUCAUGAAGCUAAUCGGGAUGCAAAGAAACUCUCCACAAUUCAUGGAAAACUUCAAGAAGCAUUCAGCAAAAUUGUCCAUCAGGAUGGCAAGAGGAUGUUUGGCACCUAUUUUCGUGUUGGUUUUUAUGGAACCAAGUUUGGGGAUUUGGAUGAACAAGAAUUUGUUUACAAGGAGCCUGCAAUAACCAAACUUGCAGAGAUAUCUCACAGACUGGAGGGAUUUUAUGGAGAAAGAUUUGGCGAGGAUGUGGUUGAAGUAAUCAAGGACUCGAAUCCCGUAGACAAAUGCAAGUUGGACCCUAACAAGGCAUAUAUUCAGAUUACCUACGUGGAGCCCUACUUUGACACAUACGAGAUGAAGGACAGAAUCACGUAUUUUGACAAAAACUAUAAUCUUCGACGCUUCAUGUACUGUACCCCCUUCACUUUAGACGGCCGUGCCCACGGGGAGCUUCAUGAACAAUUCAAAAGGAAGACCAUCCUGACCACUUCUCAUGCCUUUCCUUAUAUUAAAACAAGGGUCAAUGUCACUCAUAAAGAGGAGAUCAUCUUAACACCAAUUGAAGUUGCCAUUGAAGACAUGCAGAAAAAGACACAGGAGCUGGCGUUUGCGACACAUCAGGACCCAGCAGAUCCCAAAAUGCUUCAGAUGGUCCUCCAGGGAUCUGUAGGCACGACGGUUAACCAGGGGCCUUUGGAAGUUGCCCAGGUUUUCUUAUCUGAAAUACCUAGUGACCCAAAGCUCUUCAGACAUCAUAAUAAACUACGACUCUGCUUUAAGGAUUUUACUAAAAGGUGUGAAGAUGCCUUAAGAAAAAAUAAGAGCUUAAUUGGACCAGAUCAAAAGGAGUAUCAGAGAGAACUGGAGAGAAACUAUCAUCGCCUUAAAGAGGCCCUACAGCCCCUGAUAAACCGAAAGAUCCCUCAGUUAUACAAGGCAGUAUUGCCUGUUACCUGCCACAGAGAUUCCUUUAGCCGAAUGAGCCUUCGCAAAAUGGAUCUCUAAGAACGCAGUUGUUUUACUCAUUUGAAAAGAGCCAUGUAUUCAACCAUGAGUGUGAAGUUAAGAUCUGUUGAAAAACAAGAUGAUGGAAUUCUGGAAAUUAUGUUGAUUGACUUGUAGAAGGCGGCAGUGGCUAAAACAGUACCCAAUGUAGAUUGUUAAAAGUUUGAGAAUCAUGGCUGUGGUUUCUAAUUUUCUGGUAACAUACUGUUAUCUUUUUUUUUUAAAAAGACAUUUUAAGGAUUCAGAGGUACACUAUACAUUUACCAUUAUUUAUACCAUAGCUAAUGUUAAAAUUAUUUACAUUAAGUUUGUAUUUUUUAAUUUAUAUUAGCACUUACAGAUUGAUUUUGGACCCAUUUAAAUGUAGUAAUGCUUAUUUGAAAGGUACUAUUAAAAAUGUGAAUGUUUACACUAA